AUGCCGCAACGCAAGGCAUUCCCCACCACUCCGCCGCCACCAGACCCAGACCGGCCGUUCGAGGUCGGGCGAGUCUACCUCGUCGUCCGCGCCAGUGGCCCACCGCGCCCUGCGACUGUGCUCAACUCGCGUGUGGGCAGGCUUGGAAAACGCGAGGCAUACAUCUCGUUUACGGGCGAAGACAAGCGCCUCGACGCAUGGGUGCCCUCCUCGGCUCUUGGCGAUGAGGUCGCUGCUGCUGGCCCAAGCAGACUCCCAGCUUUGAAUGGAGGGGACCCCGGACCAAGCACGAGUGUCAACGGCCGCGCCAACUCGGCCCCUGCUCCGACCUCUGAGCGCUCGACCCCGGAACGCGAGCAUGCAAUCGUCACCCGCGUUCGCAACUUUGAAGACGUCCGUUUUGGCGAGUACCUCGUGCGAACAUGGUACUAUUCACCGUACCCGAUGCCUAUCGAUACAGCUGGAGGUGUAAAUGGGGGUGCUGGCGCAGGCUCGUCUACUGCUGCAGCCGCGUCGCCGGCGCUGGCGCCCGAGUCCAAGCGCGGCGGGCGGAAACGCAAGGAGGCUCCCGCUGCUGAUGAAAAGGAGCGCCAGCGCCUGGGACCGCGCACGACGAGUGAUGUGCUGUCCGUCGGCGUGGGCAAGGGUGGAGAAGGCGCUCGUGGCCGACUCUGGGUCUGUGAUUAUAUGCGCACACGGGCAGGAUGGGACAUGCACUCGCCGCCAGGCAGGAGAGUGUACCAGCGUGGCAGCUACACCAUUUGGGAAAUCGACGGCGCGCAGGCCACUCUCUACUGCCAGAACCUGAGCCUGUUUGGCAAGCUGUUCAUAGACCAUAAAUCCGUCUUCUUCCACGUGGAGAACUUUCUCUUCUACGUCAUCUGCGACGCUGCGACGUCGAAACGAGAUCAGGUCAUGGCAUUCUUCUCAAAGGAGAAGUUUUCGUAUGACGACUACAACUUGGCGUGUAUCGUCACCUUCCCUCCCCACCAGAACCGAGGUUUUGGCAAGCUGCUCAUCGAGUUCAGCUACUACCUCACUCGGCACCCCUCGACGCGUCCCGCCUCUGGCUCGCCAGGUACACCUGAACGCCCUCUGUCAGACCUCGGCCUGAAGGGAUACAUGGCAUACUGGGUCGCGGUCGUGCUCCGUGUUUGCCGCUCUCUUCUCGCCGAGGGGGACUCGGCACCGACGCCGACCGUCACGCCCAAGAAGCCCGCGUCGACAGAAGGCCGUUCCCUGCGUGUCCGCAAGCGCGCGUCGCAGGCCCCUGACGACAAGGUUGUCGUCAAUGGUGUUGACCUCGCCAAGCGACCAGACCCCACUCAUUCUGGUCACUACGCCAUCAUCACUACCGUUGCGACUCUGGCUCGUGCCUGCCAUCUGCGGACCGACGAUGUGCAGCUCGUCCUAGCAGAACUUGGGUUCCUGCGAUACAGACGACAUGUGCCGCCUGAACCCAAGGACCACGCCGAUGGAGAAGACGAGACUGAAGCAGACAAAGUGGAGGAGGAGCUGGGAGAGUGGCAGGACAUCGAGGUUGUUAUCACGCGUGAGAGUGUGGAUGAGAUGUGGGCCAAGUGGCGCGUCCGCGAGCACGGUGUGCUCGAGGAAAAGUAUGUGCUGCUCUAG